AUGGGUCGUCAAAUCGUCUCCGGCGGCUGUCACCUGGCGGAGCGCAAAAACAGCGACUUCGUGACUCUCCGGCGGCUGUCACACGACAGAGAGGAGCUGAAUGGAGGUGGGGUGCGUGUCAGGGAGCUUCAUCCUCAGGUCCGCGCAGCAAGAGGAGGCUCUUCAUCACAUCUGGUACGCUCUCAAGAGGUGGCGACUCGUCUCUCGGUGGAUCGUCCUCUUCCUGACGACGGCUUGUUCGUCAAUCAAUCGGAGAUGAUUUACUUGAUGGAUUCACGAUCCUUUUAUCGCGAAUUGUUCUGCAAUUUUAGUAGCAAUGCUCUGCGAAUCGCGUUGACGAGAUUUUCGCCGAUGAUCCAGCGAUUCUCGUUGCUUAAUCCUUCACCGACGAUCUGCAGGAAAGUCGCGAUAAUCAGAUAAAAAUAUAUAACUUUUGACUCUAGAAGUACUUGAACCCACGCCGGUCGCCCGCCUCUUCUGAGAAGGUGUGACGCGGGUUUAGUCCCACAUCGGUUGUGCGGCGAUUUUUUGGGCGAAUAUAUAGUAAUGUUAGCUUUCUAAGCAAAGUCCCUUCUCUCGCGUGUACGACCACUCCUUGCCCCACAGCCGGCUGGCCACCGGUGACGUGGAAGGGGAGUGGCGCACACACGUGCCCCUAUCGGUCCUAG